AUGGGCAAGAAAUACUUGAGAGUCCCCCCAAGGCCUGCUUAUGUCGUGCAUGUCACCUGCCAGGCCUGCUACAGUGCGGGCCCAGAUGCCACCUGCCAACCCUGCUACAGUGCGGGCCCAGAUGCCACCUGCCAGGCCUGCUGCAGUGCCGGCCCAGAUGCCACCUGCCAGGCCUGCUACAGUGCGGGCCCAGAUGUCACCUGCCAACCCUGCUACAGUGCGGGCCCAGAUGUCACCUGCAGGCCUGCUACAGUGCCGGCCCAGAUGUCACCUGAGAGACCUGCUACAGUGCGGGCCCAGAUGCCACCUGCCAACCCUGCUACAGUGCGGGCCCAGAUGCCACCUGCCAGGCCUGCUGCAGUGCCGGCCCAGAUGCCACCUGCCAGGCCUGCUACAGUGCGGGCCCAGAUGUCACCUGUCAACCCUGCUACAGUGCGGGCCCAGAUGUCACCUGCCAGGCCCCCACAGUGCGGGCCCAGAUGCCACCUGCCAGGCCUGCUGCAGUGCCACCCAGAUGCCACCUGCCAGGCCUGCUACAGUGCGGGCCCAGAUGUCACCUGUCAACCCUGCUACAGUGCGGGCCCAGAUGUCACCUGCCAGGCCUACUACAGUGUGGGCCCAGAUGCCACCUUCCAGGCCUGCUACAGUGCGGGCCCAGAUGCCACCUGCCAACCCUGCUACAGUGGGGGCCCAGAUGUCACCUGCCAGGCCUGCUACAGUGCCACCCAGAUGCCACCUGCCAGGCCUGCUUAUGUCAUGCGUGUCACCUGCCAGGCCUGCUACAGUGACAGCCCAGCUCUGCCACCUACCAACCCUGCUGCGGUGCGGGCCCAGAUGUCACCUGCCAACCCUGCUACAGUGCGGGCCCAGAUGCCACCUGCCAACCCUGCUACAGUGCCACCCAGACGUCACCUGCCAGGCCUGCUACAGUGCCACCCAGACGUCACCUGCCAGGCCUGCUACAGUGGGGGCCCAGAUGCCACCUGCCAGGCCUGCUGCAGUGCGGGCCCAGACGUCACCUGCCAGGCCUGCUACAGUGCGGGCCCAGAUGUCACCUGCCAGGCCUGCUACAGUGGGGGCCCAGAUGUCACCUGCCAGGCCUGCUACAGUGCCGGCCCAGACGUCACCUGCCAGGCCUGCUCCAGUGCGGGCCCAGAUGCCACCUUCCAGGCCUGCUACAGUGCGGGCCCAGAUGCCACCUUCCAGGCCUGCUACAGUGCGGGCCCAGAUGCCACCUGCCAACCCUGCUACAGUGCGGGCCCAGAUGCCACCUGCCAGGCCUGCUACAGUGCCACCCAGAUGUCACCUGCCAGGCCUGCUCCAGUGCGGGCCCAGAUGCCACCUGCCAGGCCUGCUCCAGUGCGGGCCCAGAUGCCACCUGCCAACCCUGCUACAGUGCGGGCCCAGAUGCCACCUGCCAGGCCUGCUCCAGUGCGGGCCCAGAUGCCACCUGCCAACCCUGCUACAGUGCGGGCCCAGAUGCCACCUGCCAACCCUGCUACAAGGGUGUGGGCCAUUAAUUCCUGGGCAGACGGCCUCUGGGCGCGUGUGCAGGCGCAGGCCCAGGGGCAGCUCAGACAGGCCUGGACCGCCCGGAGCCCCGAGGCGGCCGCCCCUUGGCCUCUGAACGGCCGUGUGGAGCGCUUGACUGUUUGCAGGGGCCAGCUGGGGGCCAGCCUGGGCCAGGGGCGGCUGUCGAGGGGAGGGGGCUUGGCUUCAUCCGCCUCCAGUGAGCUCUGCACACUCCACCCAGCCAGUCUCUGGCUGGACGUGCACCAGAGUGAGACAGUCAGUGCAAGGUGA